AUGUCCCAGCUGAAGGAAGCUCAGGGGUCCCAGGAGCUGUACUCUGACAUGGCAACUGUCAGCUCCACUGCAGACAUAGAGCCUGAGAGGAGGCCUCCCCUGUAUGGGACCCAUGUUUUGCCUGGUCCCAGUCGGAGGGGCAGAGCAUACCCCUCUCCCUCCCGUAGACGACACCGGACCACCUUCAGCCACAGGCAGCUGCAGCAGCUGGAGGAGGCCUUUGGGAUGAAUCAGUAUCCAGACAUCUACCACCGAGAGGAGCUGGCCCGAGACACCAAACUCAAUGAAGCGCGUAUACAGGUUUGGUUCCAAAACAGACGAGCCAAGCAGAGGAAGAAGGAGCGCGCGUCCCAAAAGGUGCUCUCUGUGCUGGGGGGACAUAGGGCUCUGCUGGGGGGUGUCUCUCUACAACCAGGGGCCAUCAGUCGUCAGUUCUACCCCCAGCCGCUGCCACAUCUGCCCCGCCUACCCCCCAUGCUCCAGGCUGGGCCGUACCCCCGACAUCCCUGUACCACUGGGGGGCACCAGAACACCCCUCAGCUGCAGCAUGAGGACUGGUAUGGGCCGCUCCGAACCAACCUGCCCCCUCCUGUGUUCUCGCUGGCCUCUGUGCAGCCGCUCGAUACUGCCCCCCAUUGGAGCUAA